UAUUAAAAUCUUCGUUAACCACGUGGUCAACACCCACGUGGAUCGAUAUUUCAGUUUAUGGAGUCGGACAUUGUAUGUAGUGAAAAAUCAUGAUCGGUUUUGUUACUUGUGGACCUAAUGAGGCUCUUGUUGUAUCGGGAUGCUGUCACAUAAAUCCAUUAAUUAUACCUGGAGGAAGAGUAUUUGUAUGGCCUUUUCUACAAAGAGCACAAAAAAUUAGCCUCAAUACAAUGACUUUAUCAAUAGAAAGUCCAAAAGUUUAUACUCAACAGGGUGUUCCCAUUUCUGUAACAGGGAUUGCUCAGGUAAAAAUCCAAGGACAGAAUGUAGAAAUGUUACGUGCAGCUUGUGAGCAAUUUUUAGGUAAGUCGGAGAAUGAAAUCAGAGCAAUUGCUCGAGAAACUUUAGAAGGACAUCAGAGAGCUAUAAUGUGUACUAUGUCUGUUGAGGAAAUUUUGUUUUCUAAGGAAAUAUUUAAGGAUCGUAAAAAGUUUUCUAAGCAAGUCUUUGAAGUUGCAUCAUCUGAUUUAGUAAAUAUGGGCAUUACAGUUGUCUCAUAUACCAUUAAAGAUGUAAGCGAUGAUCAGGGCUUCUUAAAAGCUUUGGGAAUGGCUCGGACUGCUCAAGUAAAGAGAGAUGCUAGAAUGGGAGAAGCAGAAGCAAGGAGAGAUGCAACGAUUAAGGAAGCUUUAGCAGAAGAGGAACGAGUAGCUGCUCGAUAUCAAAAUGAUACUGAAAUUGCCAAAGCACAGAGAGAUUUUGAAUUAAAAAAAGCUGCUUAUGAUAUGGAAGUGAAUACAAAGAAAGCAGAAUCUGACUUGGCAUAUAAUUUGCAAGCAGCAAAAACACGUCAAAGGAUUAAGGAAGAACAAAUGCAAGUGAAAAUAGUUGAAAGAAGUCAAGAAAUACAGAUCCAAGAACAGGAAAUUUUGCGGAAAGAAAAGGAAUUGGAAGCCACAGUUCGGCGUCCAGCAGAAGCUGAAAAAUACAGAUUAGAAAAAUUAGCUGAAGCUAAUAGAAACAGAGUUAUAAUGGAAGCUGAAGCUGAAGCUGAAGCAAUUAGGUUGAAAGGAGAAGCAGAAGCUUAUGCUGUUGAAGCAAAAGCCAAAGCAGAAGCUGAACAGAUGGCAAAGAAAGCUGAUGCUUUCAGGGAAUACAAAGAUGCAGCAAUGAUUGAUAUGAUGUUGGAAACAUUACCUAAAUUAACUGCAGAAGUUGCUGCUCCAUUAUCACAGUGUAAGAGAAUAGUAAUGAUCUCAUCUGGAAAAAGUGAAAUUGGGGCUAGUAAACUUACAGGAGAAAUUUUAGAUAUUGUAACAAAAGUACCUCACGUUGUAACUCAGUUAACAGGAGUUAAUGUGACAAAUUCAUUGAAGAUGGCCCAAGCUACAAUGUAAAGCAAACAACAUUUCUGUAAAUAUGAUAAUUGUUGUGUUUUGCUUAAAAUAGUGAAUCUGUUAAAAUGUGUUAUUACAUAUUAUUUUUGUCAUCAUUUCACAUGGUUAACAUUCGUAUAUUAUUAUCUAUGAAAAUUCAAUGUUUAAAUAAUAUAUAUAGUUAUAUUGUAAAUUCUAUACAACUUAAUGUGGUAUUAAUAUGUAUAGAAUUCAACUUUAUUCUAUGUUGAGCUUUUAUUGAAUGCAACUAUAUGCAAUUAGUUUUAAAUAUUUAAUUUUAAGUUAUGAAAUAGAAUUGAAUGUAUGUGUAUAAGCUGCAGUUUUGCUUUGAAGUUUUUUUUAUAUAUUGCAUGUUCAUAUCAACUUUCUUUAAAGUAAAAUCUACUUUUUUCGAGAUUUCUAUACUCAAAGGAAACUCUGUCUAAUGACAUUAUUUAACUAGAAAGACAGAGUUCUUCUUUAUGUUUUAGCUUGAUGUUAAGUGCUAAAUAUACAGUUAAAUUUAUAUUACUCUUAAUGAGCAAAUCAUGCUACAAUUCAAUCAAACUAUAUGUGAAUGAAUGAGUAGCUUUAUUUGACUAAAUUUGUUGAAUUUAUUUUACUUAUUAAUCUGCAAGAGUCUUAAUGCCAGGUAAUGUUUCUUUAUAAAUCAUAAACUUUCUCUUUCUCAAUUUAAUAUUCUGUUUAUUUUUAUGAAUGUAUAAAAGUGUCUUUUAUCCUGGAAAAUCAAAAAGUAUUAAUGCAAUCUUGAUAGAAAAAUAGCACAAUCUAUAUAAUAGAAGAAAUAUUUUUAGUAAAUAUUUAUCCUUAUUGUAGGGUUUUUCAUAAAUUUAUAAUGCAAGUGAUGUAAAUUAUUAACUGCCAAUGCCAG